AUGGUGGACUACUAUGCCACUCUAGGAGUGCAGAGAUAUGCGUCACCAGAGGAUAUUAAAAGAGCAUACCAUAGAGUGGCACUUAAAUGGCAUCCUGAUAAAAAUCCAGAAAAUAAAGAGGAAGCAGAGCAAAAAUUCAAAGAAGUCGCCGAGGCCUAUGAAGUAUUAUCAAAUGGUGAAAAACGGUCCAUGUAUGACAAAUAUGGCAAGGAAGGAUUAAAUGGCGAAGGUGGAAGCCGUCUUGAUGACGAACGUGAGUACAGUUUCACAUUCUGUAAGGCAGAUGACGUUUUUAAAGAAUUUUUAGGUAAAAGGGAUCCAUUUUCAUUUCACUUCUUUGAAGACCCACUUGAGGACCUUUUAAGAAGUUCAAGAAACUCCAAAGGCAGCAGCAGGAGAGGCGCAGGAUCCCAUUCCUAUGACCACCCCUCAGUGUUUGCCAGGCUUUCUUCUUAUGAUCCGGAAUAUUCGUCUUAUGUUUCACUGGGGUACAAGGACCUUACUUCAUUCUCUUCCCUGGCAUUUGAUGAGACUGGGGUGGGCAAUUACUUCCCCAUGACACCUUCAGGCAAAUUUGUUAAUGGAAGACAUAUUAAUAUAAAGAACGCUUUUGAGAACCUCCACCUGAGAGAAGCUGAAGAUGAUGGUGGGCUGAGAUCCUUUCUUGAAAAUAGUAUGUCAGAGGAAGAGGGCUUUGCAGAAAAAUGUAACUGGAGGAGACACUUCAACAAUUACUCACCAAAUUACUACAGCCCUCCAAAUAUACCUCAGUAUACUCUUGUGGAGAACAAUGAGCAAGGUACGCCUUGGGUCGCCAGCAAGAAGGACCCUUCCAUUUUCUCAGCAGGAUUUAAAGAAGGUGGUCGGAGGAAAAAAAAGCACAGAGAGGGGCAGAAGAAGAAGUCAAACAAAAGGAAUAGCUAAUUGACUCUAGACACAUUAUCAUAUAACAUUUGAACACCACCCUUUUGUGUGUUUUGGUUAAUCAAAGAGUUUUAUGGAUAACACUUAUGACUAUGUAAGAUUAGGUGGGUGUUUUGCUUUGCUUCUCUGUUUUUGAGACAGGGUCAACUAUGUAGCCCUAGCUAGCUUGGAGCUUGCCAAGGAGACAAGGCUGGCCUCAAACAGAGAUCUGCUUAUCUCUGCCUCUCAGGUACUGAACCCGAAGAUAUGCACUACCUUGAGUGGGUCCUCCCCCCAACCCCGCCCAAGACAGGCUUUCUCUGUGUAGCCUUGGCUAUCCUGGAACUCACUUUGUAGACCAGGCUAGCCUCCAACUCACUCCAAUCCCGAGUGCUGGGAUUACAGGUGCACACCACCAUGCCCAGCAGAAUUUUUUUUUAAAUAAUAUUUUUUAACAGGAUUGUGGACAUUUGGUCAGCAGUUGUACGA